AUGGGCCGAGGUGCAGCUGCCGGCCCCGCCGUGUCACCGCCGCCGGCGGACACUGGCCAGAUUAGGUGCACCGCAGCGCAGUCUACCAGGCCGGCUGACGCCUACGGAGCCUCGCCGCCGCCGGCGGGAGGCCUACCCACGCGGACCAGGGAUGGAGGUACAGCCGCCGGCUACGCCGUGUCGCCGCUGCCGGGGGACACCAGCCAAGCCGACUGUUGUGCGGCACAGCCCACCGAGCUGAGUGAGAAUACUGACGUCUACGGAGCCUCGCCGCCGCCGGCGGGAGGCAUGCCAACUCGAAGCCCGGAUGGAGGCCCAGCCGCCAGCACCGCCGAGUCGCCGCCGCCGGCGGGCACCGGCCAAGCCGGCUGUAGUCAUGCGGCGCAGCCUACCGAGCUGGCUGACGCCUACGGAGCCUCGCCGCCGCUGGCGCGAGGCCUGCCAGUACGGAGUGGGGACGGAGACCCGCCCGAACAAAUGGUAGCGGCUCACGCCGCCGCGCUCCUCCGUACGCCGCAGGGAUGCGUGUCCGCCGGUGACAAGUCCGACCGGCGCGGUGACACGAACCUCGGUGACACCACCCUCCACUCGGUCGAGGUGGUGGAUGACCUGCUCGGUCCGACCGUCGAUGACGAGGUGUGGGAGGACGCUGAGGACCCGCUUCACGCAGCUGCCGUCGCAGCUAUGCUCGCUGAGCGGGAUACGGAGUGCGACGCGCGUCUGCCGCCGCUCGUGGCCCCGAGUCUAGGGGUGACCAGAGCCGCCGCUGACCGCGACCCGUGGCCGCCACCGACACCGGAGCGACGCCUGCCGCGGACCUCCCCGUGCGACGGCGGGCGCGUCCGCUGCAAGAAGCGCCCGAGACGCCGCGGAAGAGAGCGCAGGCGCCGCCGUCUGCACCGCGCUGCGGUGGCCUUGUGCGCCCGGACCCCGGAGGGUCUGCUGUGGCGCCUUGGGGUGAAGACGAUGUGA